AUGGUCGCCAUUAUCCGCAAGUAUUGUGAUACCGACACUGACAUCCCCUGGUCAUCGACCGGCGACAUCAACAGCUUUGCCCACUCAACCGCUCGCAAGCGCUGGCCUGUCAUCCUCCAAGCCGCGAUUGAAGAUGUGAAAGAGACGCUCGUGACAAAGUCCGGAGCUACCAAGGAUGAGGGCGAGGUGAUUGUUCGUGAAAUGACGAAUGUGAAAGACGAGUGUGUUGCAGACGCUGCACUCACACCUCUCGACGACGAUAACUCGAGCGACAUCCACGACUUCAACAGGGAGAUCGAAGUUCUCGGCCGUCCAACCUGGCUCAACUCUCCAUGGCUCUUCUCCGAAAGCUACAUGUACCGCCGCCUCCAAAUCAUCUUCGCCAAAUCAACCUAUUGGAAAGACUACGACAUCUUCAAGCGCCAGAAAGACUCAACAUUCCUAAAGUCCGGCGCAGCUGUCAAAGAGCUCACGCUUCGGUAUUUGAACCUUGUCAAGGAGAUGAAGGGGGCUAAGAACAUGAGCGAGGAUGCGAGGAAGUUGUUGUUCACUGAGAUGGUUGAGAUUUCGUUAUGGGGUAAUGCGACGGAUCUUUCGCUUCUGACGAAUUUGAGUUUGGAGGAUAUUCAGAGUCUUCAGGGAAAAGAGGCUAUCAAGAACUCCCAGAAGAACAUCGUCGUCAACGACACUGACGCUGUCUGGAAACUCAUGAAGGACGUCAAAGGCGGUCAAAUCGACGUCGUCCUCGACAAUGCCGGCUUUGAACUCUUCGCAGACCUGAUUUUCAUCGCCUACCUCCUCGCAAGCGGCAUCGCCUCCACCGUCAUCCUCCGCCCCAAGAACUUUGGUUGGUUCGUCUCGGACGUGACGCCCGUCGACAUCGAGUCUCUAUUCAGCAUGCUUCGUGACCCUAAAUCGUUUGACUGUGACGCUGAGUCGCGUAGGGCGUUGGACACGCUCGCAGCCGAGCUGGAGGGACACUAUCGCGCCGGCCGAAUCGCUGUUCGCGUUGAUGCUUUCUGGACGACAGCUCAUCCAUUCUGGCGCCUUCCUGUCUUGGACAGCGCCGCUGAGUUGUAUGAAGCUUUAAAGAACAGUGAUUUGGUUAUCUAUAAGGGCGAUCUCAACUACCGCAAGCUGACCUCGGACGCACACUGGGCCAAAACAACGCCGUUCGUAGAUGCAAUUGGACCUAUGGGACGUGGAAGUGGACUUCGCACUCUUGCUCUUAGGACAUGCAAGGCGGAUGUUUGCGUGGGUUUACCCUCUGAGGACAAAGAGAGGGAAUUGCUUGAGGCAGAUGGGAAGGCUUGGACAUUCAAUGGCAAAUACGCUGUGAUUUCCUACUUUGAUGGGAAGGCGAAGUAG